AUGGGAACUUCCGAGGUCUUGGAGAAGUACAUUGCUGGCACAGAAGCUUGCGACGUAAAGGUGCUGAAAGAGAUCUUCCAUGAGAAAGCUGUGAUGUGUGGCCUUCUCAACGGGAAAGAAGUGGCUGGCGAUGUGGAGCCCUUCUUUCGCCAGAUGGAGCAGCAGAAGGCGACCGCGUCCGACUGCGAACCCUCGGCUCCGUUGCUGGCCCUGCUUCCGCCGCCCAGCGACGCCGACGCGGCGGAUCCCGUGACACGUUCGGCGGAUCCGGCGCCGCCCACGUUGAAGCUCUCCCUCCACGUGAAGGUCACGGACGGGCUUUGCGAGCGCCUGUUGGAGCGCGGCAGCGGUCUUCCAGCCGAGGUGACCAAGCUUCUGACGACGACGCAAGACGACCAGGCGGCUGCCCGGGUGGAGCUCUAUGCCGGAGAGAGGCCCUUCUGCGAAGGGAAUCGCUUCUUGGGCAUGAUGGAGUUGGCACCUCUACCGAUCCCCUCUUAUCGAUCCUUCGUUCAACUGGAGCUCUCACUUCGAGUGGACGAGGGCGGUGCAAUUUCAGCCCGGGCCGCCGAAGUGGAACGCCGAGCCUUGGGAGAGCCCUUCUGUGAAGCGGAAUGGCAGGGGGAAGCGACCGCUCUGGUUGGCGCACCACCUCCGGCGAAUCCUUACAGCGAGGUCACGCCCUUCUCCUUCGCCUUGACGAAACACCUUCCAGUUCUCCUGCCCACGCGCACGGUGCGCCUGAACGGCCGCGACGUGGUGAUCCGGCAGCACCAGCGGCGGGAGGAGGAGCGGAUCGGCACCGGUGGCGUCCUGUGGGAGGCUGCAAUCGUUCUGGCGGAUUACGUGGCGCGGAAUGCUCAGCGACACUCCUGGCGUGGGAAGAAGGUCUUAGAGCUGGGCGCGGGCACCGGACUGGUGGCCAUCGCUUUGGCCCUGGAAGGUGCUCUCGUCUGCGCGACGGAUGGAAAUCCUCGAGUCUUAGAGGGGGCGAAUGUGAACGUCCAGGGAGCGCUGGGCCAGUCGUCCUCCAUGGUUUCGUUGGAGGUCUUUGAUUGGAAUUCUGCUAACGACUUGGCCCAGUUCCGAGCGAAAGGUCCUUGGGACGUGAUUUUGGGCAGUGACUUGGUCUAUCCGGGCAAUGCAGGCAAGAAAUGUGUGGAUUCCAAUGCCUUGGCACCACCAGCAGAUGAAACCUUGAUUGGCCUCCUGGAUGCUCUGUCUGAUCCCAAGACAGAAAUCAUUUUGGCUUUGAAAGACCGAACGGGGGAGCUGGAGCGCUUUCAUCGGCGGAUCUCCCAAGAAGGUUGGUCCAUGCAGCGUGCGGCGCAGGAAUCCAUCAUGCCGGAGUUUCGUUCGGUACCCCAAGUUGCGGUCCUUCAUCUCGAAAAAAGAGAUGCGGAAUUGGCUGAAACGGCUUGCAAGUCACGGUUUUCAACGCAAAAAAAACUGGAGAAAUCAUCGAGAUGUUCUGACUUUCAUCCUUAA